AUGACUGCUGAGUAUGCACCUACUCAUCGCUGUGCAUCAGGUGGUUACGUGACUUCACUGGAACCAAACAAAACUAGUUAUGUGACCACCUGUAUGCCUGAUAAACUGUUUUGGGUUGAAAAACUUUCUUUCAUAUACAUGAUCCUUGAGAGUUGUAGGCUUUCGUGUCUAGAUUGCAUCACGCUCUGCUGUCACAUCACUUCAAUCUUGUUCCGUUCCGCUUUUUUGUGUAGAAUGGCUCAUUUGGGCUAUACGGCCAAAAGAAACAUGCGUUCGGAAUCCGCACAACAGUUGUGGGCUGAGACUUCCGUUGCUGUCGUUCUGAUCAGUCUGGCCCCGUUUCUCCUGCUUUGUCUGAUGCCAGAUUUGGCCAAGCGUCAGUCUCUGCUCAAAAUCUUUUUAGCAUUUGCAGCUGGGGGGUUACUGGGUGAUGCAUUUCUUCACCUGAUCCCGCACGCUAUUGAUCGCCACCACGAGGGACCCGAGGAGCAUGAUCAUAAACAACACAUGAUUGUUGGCAUCUCAAUUGUGUCUGGCAUUUUCCUGUUUCUGUGCAUAGAAAAGCUCAUUCGGGUGUUCCAACGUGGUCCUGGACAUAGCCAUAGUCAUACAACAACUCAACCCGUACAGAAUUCAACUAAGCCAUUGACAAGCGAAGCCCCACAGAAAAACAAGAAGGCCAAGAAGGGUAACAGUGGUGGUGGUGAUGAUGCGCAUGGGAAACAGACACAGCAACAACAACAACAUGCUCAUCCGCAACCGACGCAUACUAAAAAAUCGAUAUCAAUAUCAACGUGUCUGUUCAAAAAAUCAAACUCGGCAUGGGUUCCUCGAUCCGGCGUAUUUAUUUUUUAUUUCACACAUCUGAGUCCAGAUCCGGCUAAACCAGCAUCAUUAUUCAGAGCACCUUACGACGACCGAGCCGUCAUCUUUUUACUGCCAAUGACUACUCGUUCAUAG